AGACUCGGGAAACAAUUUCCUAAGAACAAGCGCAGGCCCCUACCCCUGACCCCGCCUAAGUCAACUGGGAUAACCCCUCCCCCACCUUCUAUACCGUUGGCGCUGUUAUCCCCAACAUCCCCACACCGGGACUAUCGGCUAGAUGAUCUUCCACGGGAUCUCUACGUAUCUCGUCUUGCCGGUUAUGGCGGGGCCAAGCUAGAGCUGGCAAAGAGCGACCCCUUAUCCUUCUUGUCCCCCUUAUCCCUCGUGCCCUCGUGCACCGAAGCUACGCCUUAUAGUGGCGCCCGUCAUCGGAACGGAGGGGCUUCCCUCGGCAAGAGACUGGCCUACCGUGGCGCGCCUGGUGUAACCAAUGGGGAUUUAUCUCAUCAGCCGACUAUCAAUGGUCUCCAUUCUCUCCAUCGUCAUUAUUCCCGUCUUCGUAAGGGCCAUCUAGACCAUAUAGUACCAAGGCUCUCACACAUCUCGAGUCGAAAUCGAGAUCAGCUCUCACAUGUAUCCGACAGAGGCACGUUGCACUGGACUUAUUUAGAAACCAAUCACUUCGCACCCUCUCCACCUCGAAGCCCGCCAUGUAUACAGCAUCGUCCGCCUUUUUCGAGGCGCUGUGGGAGGCCGGAGUCUCCCACUGCUUCGUCAACCUGGGUUCGGACCAUCCUAGUAUUCUCGAGGCCAUGGUCAGGGGACAAAACAGUGGAAAAUUCCCACGUAUUAUCACAUGCCCAAAUGAGAUGGUGGCGAUGUCAAUGGCGGACGGCUAUGCACGUUUAACGGGCAAGCCGCAGUGCGUCAUUGUCCAUGUCGACGUAGGCACUCAGGGUCUAGGGGCUGCUGUCCAUAACGCGAGUACCGGACGAGCCCCGGUCCUCGUCUUCGCCGGGUUGAGCCCGUUCACGCUCGAGGGAGAGAUGCGGGGUUCGCGGACCGAGUACAUUCACUGGAUCCAGGACGUGCCCGACCAGAAGCAAAUUCUCGGCCAGUACUGUAGGUACGCGGGAGAGAUCAAGACGGGUAAGAAUAUUAAGCAGAUGGUCGGUCGGGCCUUGCAAUUCGCGACGAGUGAUCCCCAAGGUCCGGUCUACCUUGUUGGUGCGAGAGAGGUGAUGGAGGAAGAGAUCAACCCUUACUCUCUAAACCAAGGUGAGUGGGAAAGGGUCGAACUCGGCGGAUUAACACCGAAGACUUCGAAAGAGAUCGCAGAGGCAUUGCUAGGAGCCGAAAAUCCUCUUCUUAUUACGGGAUUCUCGGGUCGAAACCAAAAAGUUCCGGCCGCUCUCGUGGAACUAGCAAAUACCGUAAAGGGAUUGCGUGUGCUUGAUACCGGCGGUAGCGAUAUGUGUUUUCCUGCGUCUCACCCCGGCUGGCUUGGACUCCGAUUUGGUAUUGAGCCCGAGAUAGAGAAGGCGGACGUUAUUGUCAUAUUAGACUGCGACGUCCCCUGGAUCCCGACAAUUAAUAAGCCGAAAGACGGCGUAAAAAUCUUCCACAUCGAUGUUGACCCGCUGAAGCAACUUAUGCCGCUCUUCUACGUACCGGCCCAACAUAGAUACCGUGCGGACGCGCUAGUAGCAGUCGAACAGAUUACAUCCGAAGCUAAGAGUCAGGCUUCGGCGCUAGACGCCGCCGUCGUUGCCAAGAAAUGGGACGCCCUUCAAGCGUCAUACAAGGAGCGCUUGGCUUCCAUCGCAUCUAAGGCAACUCCUGCCGAAGAUGGCUCUUUCGGCGCGGGAUACCUGUCCAGGGUUUUGAAAUCUUCAUGCCCGACUGACACGAUCUAUGCUAUCGAGUCAGUUACGCAUACGGCAUUCGUGCAUGAUAAUCUGCAACCAGAAGCCCCGGGAUCGUGGAUCAACUGUGGUGGAGGCGGAUUAGGAUGGUCCGGUGGCGGUGCUCUCGGAAUCAAGUUGGCGACGGAUGUCCAGAAUGGCGGUAAGGGCAAGGGCAAAUUCGUCGUACAGAUCGUGGGCGACGGCACAUUCUUGUUCUCGGUUCCGGGCAGCGUCCACUGGAUCGCGAAGCGCUACAACAUCCCGGUCCUAACUAUCGUCUUAAAUAACAAAGGCUGGAACGCUCCGCGGAAAUCGUUGCUCCUCGUGCACCCGGAUGGAUUAGGUUCCAAGGCGACGAACGAGGAAAUUAAUAUCUCGUUCGAUCCCGUGCCGGAUUACUCGGGCAUCGCUAAGGCAGCUGCCGGAGGCGACUUGUUCGCCGCAAGGGUGGAUAAGGCGCAGGAUCUGGAGCGGACUAUCAAGGAGGCUGUAAAGGCUGUCCAGGGCGGCCAGAGCGCGGUUUUGGACUGCAAGGUCACGCUUGGCUGCUAAUACUUCUCUAGGUACCUGUUUGGGAUGGUUCUGUAUUUGAUGUGGAUGUCAACGUACUUAUACCGUGAAGAUUGGGCGUAUAUAUCGACUAACGAGCGACGAGAUGGAAGGUUGCUGCGGUAUUGAUAGAUCUGCCAUUAUGGAGGGUUUAGUUUAUAACUAGAAUAGAUACAUAGUCGAAGUGAAAUAUUACUGUAUUUCGUGUUUCCCACAAACACUGUGGAUUGA